ACAGUGUGCGGAUCAGACUCGACACGGGUGAAAAGCUCGAAACUCGAACUGGAUUUCACCAUGACAUGCUCGGCACCGAUUAAAACAAACACUGGGAACGACAGUCGCCGUUUUAGCACGCGCGUUAAGUGCGCCGACGUAACUUGUGUGAAGACGUUUGUGUGAACUGAAGUUCGUCCGUACAGUCCUUUAAUAGUGUCCGGGCGGAGAUGGACGUGCAUUUAUGGGAUCAUCUCCAGGCUGGAAGCUCAGAUGUGGAUUGGUGCGAAGGGAAUUAUCUCAUCUAUCCGGGAAUAGCGGAGUUUUAUAACACGAUAAGCAAUGUGCUGUUUUUCGUCCUGCCGCCCAUUCUCAUGUGUCUGUUCAGACAGUACGCCACACAUUUCAACAGUGGCAUCUAUCUUAUAUGGACUCUACUGGUGGUUGUUGGUAUUGGCUCCACUUACUUUCAUGCCACUCUGAGUUUUUUGGGUCAGAUGUUGGACGAGCUGGCCAUAUUGUGGGUGCUAAUGUGUGCCAUUGGCAUGUGGUUUCCCAAAAGAUACCUUCCCAAGAUAUUCCGCAGAGACAGGUCGAGGUUUAAAGUGGUCAUUGGCGUUCUCUCAGGAAUCACCACCUGCUUGGCAUUCAUCAAGCCGGCCAUUAAUUCCAUCUCUCUUAUGGUGCUGGGAAUCCCAUGCACUGCACUUCUCAUUACUGAAUUAAAGAGGUGUGAUAACCCGCGUGUGUUUAAGCUGGGUCUUCUCUCAGGGCUGUGGUGGACUCUGGCACUGAUGUGCUGGAUUAGUGAUCGCAUUUUCUGUGAAAUUUGGUCAUCUGUCAACUUUCCUUAUCUACACUGCGCCUGGCAUAUUCUGAUCUGCUUGGCUUCCUAUCUGGGAUGUGUGUGUUUCGCUUAUUUCGACGCAGCAUCGGAAGCCCCAGAACAGGGACCCGUUCUUAAAUUCUGGCCCAGUGAGAAAUGGGCCUUCAUCGGGGUGCCAUACGUCACUCUUCUCUGUGUGCACCGGAAGCCUUCCCUUAAAGUGACAUAACCUGUGAUGUAGUCUGACUACACUUCAGUGCAGUGCUUUUCCAGGCGGAUUUGUUUGCUUUGCGUGGAAAAUGUUUAAUACUUAGUAUUAAUUAUGCGGGAAUUGAGAUGAAAUGCACAAUUUACUUCAGCAGUGUUAAAUGAAUUCAGUGUGGGGAGUUUUGCAAGCGCACAUUAUGCAAGUUUUUGUUUUGAGUGAAGGAUGUCAAAUUUUUCAUUUUUAUAACAGAUUCUACACCAGCAAUGAAAACUUUAAGUGUGAAGAUGCCAUUUUUGUUACAUUUACAGUUUAAAAUCUUAUUGAAUCUUCACUUUUCUCAAGGUCAUAAGGAAAGGAUAAUGGACAUGUAGUAUUUAUCAAAAGGUGAUCAGGAGCUCAGUGAAUGACAGAUAUCACCCUCAAGGGAUUUACUGUACAUGUAUUGCUUAUAAACACAGCUUAUUGCCAAAAUAAAUAAUCAUAGGGACAUGAUGAAAUAAAAUGAUAUUCAUAAGUGGAAAAUAGAGACAGAGAGUUUUACACAGUUGACUUGUUGCAACUGAUCAAUCAGAAUCAAUUAUUUUUGAUGAUGUAAGCAAUUAUUUUCGUAAGUAUCAACGUUUAAAACGAAGGUUUUAAGGACUCAUAAAGUGAUGAUGACUAAAUCUUUCUUAAUUGUUUUUAUUGAAGUUAAUGAUAAACAAUAAUUGUGUUAGUGAAUUCAUGGAAAACUAACCAGUUAUGCCAAACUAGCUAACUAACUUUUAACCUCAAACUUUUCAUCGAAAUUGAGGAUAAUUUUCCCAUAUUAGAUUAAAGUUCUAUAUAUCCAACAUAAACUGGAUGUUUUACUCUUGAUAUUCUGAGCCAUGUUGCAGUACUGUGAAAGGAUGACGUAUUAUUGAAAGACUGCAUGAAAAUUGUUUAGUAAGCUUAAUGGAAAUGAAUGUUCCCUCGAGAAUGAUUGACAAAUGUUUGCCAAAUGUAAGUGUUUUAUCCUUUGAAUUUCUUCAGAAAUGUUUAUAUCUAAAUUCUGUAUCCUAAUGAAAUUAUGAAUAGUUAUUUAAUUCUGCUAAACUGGUUUUUCAAAUCUUUCCAAAGGCCUUAUUCUGUUUCUGUCUUCUGCUGUCGAUGAACAUCGAUCACAAAUUAGAUUUUUUUAAUACCAAAAACACCUGAAAUGUGCAAAAUAAAUACAUAUUAACGUGUCAAAUUUUACAAACUUUUGACGCAGUCUGCUGCUUUCCUCUCAAGCCACAAAAUUGCAUCUGUAUUUUCCAGAGAAACUGAUGCAAGUUGUUUAGAGAGAGAGAGAGUUUUCUGAAGAACUUUCUGCUCAAGCAAUGCACAAUAUGUACUGUAAGCCGAUGUCAGGCUGUAACACGUGUGAUUGUGUGUCUCGGUCUCAGCCACACCGACUCAAGAUGCAACACAGGGACCAAGUAUACAAAGACUUAUUUAUUUUUGUGACUUGUAACCAAUUAAUAUUUUUAACUAACUGUUUGUAAUCAGACGAGUUGUAUUUUUUACACUUUUUUGAAUAAAAGUGUGCUCCAGA